CUACCCUUUAAUGGAGCCACUGCAUCGUUUUUGAGCUCUGAUGAAUCGCCUGAUACAAACGUCUAGCUGCUAACUACACUUCCCGGAGCUCAAAAGCGUUGGUCGACUUGUUCUAUGUAUUCCACAGAAUGCAAGCCGAGAUCACGAGAUGCUCUCCUGGUCAAUAUGUAUAUUUGUUGUCUAUGAGCUAUGUGGCUCGACAUUCUACUUGGAAGAUCGCUCAAGGUGAAUUUUCGAGCGGGGUAGCUUUUAGUUCCUGGCUUUCUCAGCCUCGGAGAACUCGUCGUGGAUUGAAAAUCAACUCAACAGAGAACUCAUCUUGAGAAAAGUUCGAUCUGCCACUCCUCAUGUCUCUCGAAUGCUUGGAUUCUUCCUAGGUGAUGAUGAGGUAUGCAUCAAAGUCAAGACAUGCCGUAUCACCCUCAUCACCGACAUGGGCGAGACCAGUUGGUCCUACCCUGAAUGCACGACGCUGUUCAACUUUGACACCCAGACAGUCCUCUAUCAUCCGAUCACCGUCGAGGGCACGUCUGAUGUCUGGGUUGCGGAGAUAGGACGUCGUGCUGCACAUAUCACUCAGCUCAUGUUCAAAGCGACCGACGACGAUCAUGCACACGUGAUCACAGCGGACAUGGACGAUGGGGACGGCAACGGGGGGAAGUCGCUGGAUGAUCACCUUGUCAAGAUGGCAAAAGCAGAGCUUGAGGCUCAGCGCAGGCGGCGGCAGGCCAUGCUGGAGACUCGUCUGGCCAAGCAAAUGCGAGCUUUGGUGGAUGUGGAGGUGGACGAGGACGCGGACGAGGACGAGGAUGAGGAUGAGGAGGAGAUGGGCGACGGGGAGGUGGACCAUGCGGUGGACAAGGAGAUGGGCGACGGGGAGGACCACCCGGAGGACCAGGAGGACGCCGACGAGGACAUGGUCAUGGAUUUGGUAGACAUAUAAUGUCAUGAUGCUAAUCAUGAAUACGGUACAAGACAG